AUUUAACAGCCGUAAAAUUGUUUAAUUAAUUCCAAAAUAAGCUAUUAAGACAAACAGUAAUUAGGUCUAAGACAAAUUACCAGAAAAUUAUUUUGGAACGAAUUAUUCGAGUAUCAAUUUCAUGGUUUCUACAGCUGUGGAUAACGGUGCUAGAAAGACUAUUACAGUAAUAUCUCGUUUAAAGUUAACGCCAAGCACCCGUAGAGGUAUAUUAAUAUUUGCAAAUCAUACCAGAUUGCAUACGUAACUUAAUUGAAUGACUGUGAAAACGGCGUUACAAUAGCGCUCGCAUUCUCGAUAAAUAAUAUUCUUCGAGAAAACUUAUCACCCGUAAUGGGUUGCGUAAACGCCCCACUGCCGGCUCCAAUGAACUGGAAAGCAAGGUCUCCGGCUGGCUUAUUGUAGUUGACAGUAGCGUUCUCAUUAGAACCAGUUAAGACAAUUACACAGGAAGGAAACGACCUGGCACGGACUCCCAUACCCCGUGAAAACUAUCGCGCGACAAAGCCACUGCUUCGUUCCACUGGAUCGAAGGAACUAUAAAUAAACUGUGCAAUCCCAAAAUGACAUUAGUUGCACGACAUUGGUGACAAUUACAUCAGUAAGAUGUUAAAGUUAGUUUUUAUACUCAUCCUUGCGUUGAUGGGAACGCAAGGGAUUAAAGUUGAAAUAAAUAAUGAGAAGACCCCAUUCGAUUACGUGAAGGAACGUUUGGGUUCAAUGCCAAUUGACCGAAAAUUCGGGUUGCCACUAUCGGACUCUUAUGAAGUGGAAGAAAGUGAAGACUAUCCACAAGAACAGGAGAAAAUCAACGUAGCAGCGUCAACAGCUUUGAAUACUGUGUCGGGUGUGAGCGGGAUUGGUAUUGGCCAAGGAUUAGGGUUAGGAGGAAUUGGCUUAGGUGGAUAUGGCAUUGGCCAAGGCUUAGGUAUUGGUCUUGGUGGAUUGGGCGUUGGUGCAGGAGCAAGACUAGGUGGAAUAGGAAGUGGAAUUGGUGGUGUUGGUAUCGGUGGAGUUGGUACGGGUGGAAUCGGUCCUGGUGGUGUAAUCGGCCCUGGUGGUGUAAGUCUUAUAAAUCCCGCUUUGGGAAGUAUUGGCGUUGGAGGAAUCGGUUUUGGAAAUGGUCUGUUUUAUCAUCCAGUUUUAGGCUCCCAAGUUGGCGGUGGUUAUGUAGACAAAAAAGCUUAUGACGUUGAAGAAAAAAAAGGGGCGGAUGCCAAUAUAGAGAAAAUUGAAAAGAAAGCCGGUGAAGAAGCUAAACAUGGUCAAGAAGGAUUCCAGCAAGCCGCUGCAGCGGCAAAGGCAGAAAAGGGUGAAUCGAGUUUUUACAAAGAUGAAGAGGCUAAGAAAAAGGCUGCUGGGGAUGAGAAGUUUUACGAAGGUGGACAGAAAAUUGAUAAGCACGGUGCAAAUGAAGAGGAGCUUAAAAAAGCUAAAAGUCACAAAAAAGGACACGUUCAUAAGGGAUUUAAGUCAUCUAGCAGCAAAAACGAGGAAGAAAAAUCUGAAACAUUUUACGACGAAGCCCACGACGAAUCAGACCACAAGAUUGCCGGACAUAACGCUGGAUCCUUUGGAGAAAACGCUCACCAAGGUUUCAAAGGGGCACAUGAAGAAAAAGUACUUGACGCAAAUGCUCAUGGCAAGGAAGGGCAUCAUGCUGUGCAAGAAAAGAUUGACGAUUCCAAAGCUAACAAGGGCGAGUUCCUGCAGAAGGGCUAUCAGGAGGGAACAGAACUCUUAGAGAAAUUCAACAACCUGGGCGCUCAGGCAGUACACGGUCACCAGGAAGCGAGUGGCGGCUAUCAACAUAACAAAGGAAUUCUGCCGAUACAUUAGUCAAAUCAUACAUUUAAAUUGAAGUCUUGCAAAAUAUCAACCGUGAAUAUUUGGUCAAUAAAUUCGUUAUCUUGUUUUUGAA